UCUCUUCUGUCACUAAAAUCUUCCUAGUCGGCCGUGGUUCGUUCAUUUGCUUUGAAGAAUAUAGGGUUUUGUUUGCUCAAAUCCUUAUCUGUUUGUUUCAAGCGACGAAUUGCAAGAAAAUGUCAGAUUUCUUACCUCGUGAUGUGUUGAUUGACGUCUUCACUAGACUACCGGUCAAAACCCUCGUCCGGUGUGCUUGUGUCUGCAAAUCGUGGCAUUCUUUGGUCACAAACCCUAGUUUCAUCACACACACCUCAAUGCGAACAACAGCAACAACCUUCUACUAUUUCGAAGGUGCUCCAGUGCUGGUGAUGAAAAGGGGUAUUAUGAAGAAGAGCAUUACUCACUACUACGCUGUGAACACAAAAUGUUAUGUGAUUUUGCAGAGUUUGAGCUCCCACUGUAUAGCUUUCCAAACGAGUAUUUUAGGAUAAUCGGUAGCUGCAAUGGGAUCGUAUGCCUUUCUGAUGAUUUGUCCUGUUACAUGGACGGUCUUUACUUGUGGAAUCCAUCGAUUCAGAAGACGAUGGCCCUUCCGCCAGUACGUGUCACCUUUGAAUCACACGGUCCUUUUAUGCAUAGCAUCGGAUUUGGCUUCGAUUCCCAGACUGAUGACUACAAGGUUGUCAGGAUUGUGUUUCUGGAUGACGGAGGCUUUGGUUUUCAAACUCCUCCGGAAGUUGACAUUUUCAGUCUGAGCACAGGCACAUGGCGGAACAUCAGCCAUUUGGGUCUUCAACAUACCAUCUGGGAGCGGGCUUCCCAGGCUUUUCUGAAUGGGGCUACACAUUGGUUUGCUUGCAAUCUGACGAAGGGGAGCAAAUCCGUCAACUUGAUUGUGUCAUUCCACAUGGGUGAUGAGGUCUUUAGCGAAAUCAAGGCGCCUGGUAGCAUUGUUCAUAACAACUGGUUGCAACGAUAUCGUGUUGCAAAAUUUCAAGAAUCACUUUCUCUGAUCGAUAUGGAUACUGGUGCCAAUAGGUGUUACGUAUGGGUGAUGAAGGAGUAUGGGGUGUCGGAGUCUUGGACGAACCUAUUCAAUAUUGAUUUAAGUGGAGGAUUAGGCAAUCGUGUAGCUGGCUUUACAAGGAAAGGCGAAGUUCUAUUUGCGAAAAAAACUGGGCAUCUCGUAGCUUAUGAUCCGGAGACUGAACAAGUAAUGCAUGUUCAUUUUCGAGGAUCAACAGAUUCAUGGGAUGGGGAUUCAUUUUAUGCAGAUGCUUAUACUGAGAGCCUAGUUUUAGUCACUUGUAAGGAGUCACCUGUUUUGCUUGAAGAAAUGAGAGAGAAAAAACAAUACGUGGAGAAACAAGUAAGAGAAAAGAAUGAAAAGAUGAGCAAAAUCAAACCAGAAAGGGAAAGAACAGGGCUGUGAUGAGGGUGGAAAAUCAAAAUGAGGAAGCCAGACAGGGUGGAGAACUGCUGAAAGACUGGAAGUGGCAUAGUGAACUCUUUCCUUGUUUUUUUGUUACUUUUACUUUGCCUGUGGUGCAUAAUGGUGGAGAACUGUUGAAAGAGUUGAAGUGGUAUAUUGAUGUAGUUAGAAGGCAAUAUUUAACUUACCCUUGAUGCUUUUGAACCCUCGUAUCUUUUGGGCUUGAUAUGGCUUUAGAUGUUCUGCUGAAAGUAUUUGUUAUCCAUUAUGCCAUUGUAUCUUCUAAAUUUUGUUUUGGGGUAUGAGCCACAUUAUAUUAUAUGAAUUAAGUUGUUAAGGAAAGCUUCUUUAGGUUGAGUUGCUGGAUGUCGCCUAGCAUUUAGAAGUCCCUGGUUGGUAAUAUUUUGUAGGAAAUCAUGGCUAGUUUUCCUUUAGGCUCAGAUUAUGCU